AGCAUUUGGUAAUCGCCCAAAUCUUCCUGCCAUAUCUCUGCAAAAAUCAUGGAGGACCACCCAUACCUCCAUCUCCCCAACUGCUAUAGGAGUAGCUCAUGAGAUGGAGCUGGGAAGCAAUGAGGGGCGGAGUAAGAAGGAGCUGCAUAAGGAUGUCGAGCGGCGGAGGCGGGAAGAGAUGACUGCACUCCUUGGUACUCUUAGAUCUCACAUACCCGAAGAUUUUCUCGAGGGGAAGAGCUCCAUGUGCGACCAGCUAAAGGAGGCCACCAAUUAUGUAACCCACCAAAGGGAGAAGAUCCAGGAACUCAGGGAGAAAAGGGACAGGCUGCGGAGUGCUCCGGAGGUUGUUGUACGGCCCUGUGGAGAUGGCAGUGCCAUUGAGGUGGUGAUCGGAGGUGCCAACGAAAGCGGAAUUUGUGUCGCAGAUGUGGUGGCCAUCUUGGAAGAAUCAGGCUUAGAGGUGAAGUCGUGUUCCUCUUCAUGCUCGAGGCAGUCCUCCAUCCGUUGCCUGCGGUGUGAGGUUUGUGAAGGGAAGGAGAUUGAUACUAUCGACAUUCAAGAGAAGUUGAGGCAUCUGUUUCUGAGGUGAUGAUAAAAUCUUAGUGGGCUUCUUUCAUGGGGAGUACAUGGUUAGUAGGAGAGUCAGCAGUAGUUUCCUCUUUCUUUUCGUCUCUGUAAAAAGUUCAUGAGUAUUGGCUUCUCAAGGU